AUGGUUUCCCACCCCUUCUCUCGCCUCGCCAUUAGGCAGGCCGAGGAGCAAAGAUUUUCCCCCGUGGGACACUCGAGGUUGCCCCGGAUCCACCACGAUUUGGGACUCGGAGACUCUCUAGGCAUCUACAUCGACCAGCGCCUCCCUCCCAUCUCGACUCUUCUCAGGGAUGUCCCGCCGCCGCCCGCGCAGCUCCAGCCUUACCCGAGUUUCCCCCCGUCACCACUUCCGUCUCCUAUCGGGCCCUCCCCGUCCCUCUUCUCCGCUCCAUACCCGCACUGGUCGACGCUCCCUCCCCGCCCACAGUCCGUCUCAGGCCAUUACCCGGGCUUCCUGCCGCCUUCCCCUUCUCUCGGCCCGCGGCGGGCAUCAACCGACUGCAUCGGCACGGGCACGAGCACAACCCCCCGUUCUUAUUCGGUCCCAACCCGCACCCCCUUCCACCACCACCGCUCCAGCCCCGACUGCGACCGCCAAAGGCGCAGCACCAAGGACCAUGCCCGCCUCCGCCGCAGCUCCUCCUCAGAGCUGAACCCCGACCACCACCGCACCACCCCUACCAGCCCAACUGGCCCCACGCCAAUCUCACCAAGUGUAGCAAGCAGGACAAGACCGCGCAAAACCAAACCCACCACCACCAACCCCCCUUCCAAAAAGACAACCAGCGGCGGAAACGAAGAACCCCCCACCCCAGACGCCCCCCCGAAAACAGCAACACCAGCAUCAGCAACAACAACAACAAGCAAGCGCAACAACCAGCCCUACACCUUCGAACAAGAAGCCUUCUUCGUCUACCACCGCGUCGACCUCGACCUGCCGUGGUCCGACGUCUGCCGCGCCUACAUGGCCCGCUGGCCGUCCAUUCCCCGUAGCGUUAGUGGUCUGGAGUGCGCCUACUACCGCACCAACGCACACCUGCCUGUCGUGGGGCCGGAUGGGUUGCUGGUGUUGGUUGAUCCGGCGGUGGAUGGCGCUGUUGACGGCCACAGCCACCAGGUGGUUGGGGGGGAUAUGCCGACCCCGCCGGGUUCGCCGGGUGUGGUGUCACCGUCAUCGUCCUUUGGGGUGGGGGGUGAGGUGGUAGGGGAGGAGGUGGUGGUUGAUGAGGAGGGGGAGAAGAAAAGGGAGUGGUAUAAGAUGUAUCGGGGUGUGGCCUACCGUACCCGCCAGGUCAAGUGCCGCAAGGCGAGGUUCCCGCUGAUGGAGCGGUUUCCUGAGGAGUUGGUUGAUGAGCGCAAUGAUUGGGUUCGUCCGGAGCAUCGCGCUGAGGCUAGGGUUCUUGCUGAGAACCGGCGCCGGCAGAGAGAGGAGUGGCUCGCUGCUCGGGCGGCGCGGCCUCACCAGCGGGUAGUGGUGCGCUUCUGA